AUGUCUCAGCAACCACCAACAAUCUCUCACCUAAUCUCGUCUUAUCCCAUUCUUUCCACCCUCGCCGAAUACGUCUCAACACUUGACCUCUUUCACUUGGCCCUUACAGAUCACGCCAACUACCUGUCCAUUCUAGGGUCUUCACUCAUAUUUGAGAAGUUGAAGCGAUCAUGUCUCUGCGACGGUCGAGGUCUGGCCAUGCGCCAAAACUUUAACGGCCCGCACCGAAUCCGCUACUGGAAGCUGAAACUCAAGCAGAAGCCGAAGAUUGACUUUGAUGAGCCCAUCGAAGUGCGUUUGUACAACCUCAAAUGCGACGAAACUGGUGCUCUUCCGUGCAUCAGAUGCGGCAUCAACAUUUGUGAAGAGUGCAGAGACUACCCCCGCUGGCCAAACCGUUCCAUAUACUCUUUCGGCCGCCCCCACCUGAAUGAGCCGUGCCAGUCUUACAACGUCAUGUGCCUCUGUCCACCGUGCGACUCAAAAGUCGACAAGGAAAUCGAGGGGAAGUACCUCAAUGACAGAUGCGACUGCAACGUCUACAGUCGCUGGAUCUGUCUGAAGUGCUCUAGGGAAUACGACCGUGAAGCUGGGAGAUACUACAACGAACACACUGAGUUCGAGGGAGGUUGGGCCGAGGAUGACUCCGACGAACCCAUCACGAAGCUAUUACAUGACCACCAACAUGACCGCGCAUUCUGGUGCAAAUGCGGUGCUACGGUUCCUGACGAGAUCGACCCUAGAUGCAUGUGGUGUAAACGCCGUCAUCGUCCUGAGAUAGAGUGGUGGCAUGAGGCCACAGAGCUCAAGAGACAGGGCACGUCCGGCAAUCCUUUCUACGACCUUGGCUACCCUAACUGGGUGGCUGAUGAGGACGGGAAGUAUCCCACUCCGUAUCCAAAGUUGGGAUACGACCGCCCAGGUGAAGAGACAGCCCCGUCUUAA